UUCAGUGUUCUAAUUGCAUUUGGUAAACAUUUAGCAACACUGCAGCUCUCACAUCCAGCCACAAGGAGAAAGAAGAAUAGACCGUUCAGGGAAAGGCCUGGCUUUGAUCAGCAUAAGUAUCUGGCUCGUGUAUGUGCCAGACACUGUGUUGGUUCUAACUGCCAAGAUAGCAAAUGACAACAAGAACAUCAAUGAAAGCAAUAGAAUAUUUUUUUAUCGGCUUGCCAGACAAAGUUUGCUACAAACAUUGAAUUUUCAUGUUUAAUAAUGUUUAAGCUAAAUUUUAAUUUGUCCAGUUUGUCACAGUUUGGUCUUGAUUUAUUAAGCAAUCACUUCCAAAGUACAGUUAUACUGGAAACUCCAAUAUGUGAGCCUGAAAUUUGUCUCUGUAAAUGUGUUACUGGGGCUUUAUUAACUCAGUGUUUUUGAUCCAUUGUGAAGACAUCUGGUUUGUGUUGAGCUUGUGGACCCCAUACCUAUGAAUGAUUAGGCUUCAUCAUUAGCCCUACUGUCAUGUCCAUUAUCUUUGUCAACCAUCUGCUGAAACUUGUGCUGCUCCUGAUGUGUUUGAUCAAGGCAACCAUGACCACAUGAACACUCAAACCAAUUAUGGCCCCUGGCAGCAGCUUACGAUCAGGCUCAUCUUCUGUAAAUUGGAUCAGGCUGCUUACAGGGGCUUAGCAUGACGUACUGCAACUUUGAGUUUAAUCAUGAGGAUCCCCGGCCAUCCUCAACUUCUUUGAGGGAACGCAACAUUAACCUCUCCUGUAAAGGUUUGAAGAAAUAAACCUUUUGAAAACUAUAGUUUAUGAAACAAUGGUGCAGAAGAACCUUUAAAAUAAGGAUCCAGUGCUGUUCUCCUGAGUUCUUUAUAGCAGUUCUUUUGACAUAGGAUGGAUUACAGACUGAGCUGACUUUUCUGUUCUUUUGGACCAGCCAGAGGACAUACUGAUUACAAACAAACAGGGAACUGCAGGUUGGCAUAUUCAAGAACGUAAUCUAAACCGAAGGGGACAUCUUGGAACUCCUGCAGUGUUUUUUACAAGCAAGGACACAUCACAGAUUGAAGAAUGGCUUUGUUGCCAGUUAAGUUUGAUCUGAAAAAGCGAGUAAAGCUGGCUCAGACAGUCUGGUUCAUGUACUGGUUUGCUGUGUUGGCCGGCGUGUUGGUCCUCAGCAUGGGUCUGUUCUUCAAGAUCGAGCUGAGAAAACGUUCUGAACUUAUGGACAACAAUGAAAGCCACUUUUUGCCCAAUCUGCUUAUUCUCAUGGGCCUAAUAGCCUGCAGCAUCAACGUCUUCGGAGGCAAAGUGUGCUAUGACUCACUGGACCCCGAAAAGUUUGCAAAGUGGAAGCCCAUGUUGAAGACCUACUUGGUAUUCUGUGUGGGAUUCAACGCCCUGUUGCUUGUCACAGCCCUGCUGUGUUUCUUGAUGAGAAUCCCUAUGCAGUUCACCCUGGCUGAAGGGUUGAGGAACGGCAUGAGGUACUACAAGGACACCGACACACCGGGACGCUGCUACAUGAAGAGGACCCUGGACUUGAUGCAGAUUGAGUUUCAUUGCUGUGGAAAUGACAACUACAGAGAUUGGUUUGAGAUUCAGUGGGUCAGCAACCGCUACCUGGACUUCAGCUCAAAGGAAGUCAGAGACCGCAUUGGCAGUAAUGUUGAUGGCCAGUAUCUGAUGGAUGGAGUGCCCUUCAGCUGCUGUAACCCCAGCUCCCCCAGACCCUGCAUUCAGGCACAGAUGACCAACAACUCUGCCCACUACAGUUAUGACCACUACACAGAGGAUCUCAACGUGUGGAAGCGGGGAUGCCGCGAUGCUCUGCUGUCCUACUAUGGCGGCAUGAUGAGCACCAUCGGAGCCCUGGUGAUACUGGUCACUAUGCUGGAGGCUGGUGUGACUGUGGGCAUGCAGUAUGUCCACAGCUCCCUGUCUAACCUUGCUAAUCCGGAGGAUCCAGAGAGCGAGAGCGAGGGCUGGCUCCUGGAGAAGACAGUGAAGGAGACGUUCACUGACAUCAUGGACAAAAUGAAGUCCAUGGGCAAAGGCAGCAAGGUGGAGGAGGGUGAGGCAGCGGUUGAAACAGUGAGCUGAGCUAGCACCACCUGAACAAACUGACCCCACUCCCACCUGAGGAGAAAAUCAAAGACAUGUGAGAUUUUUCUACCAGCAUUUAUUUUGUAGGCCUACUCAUAUAUUUGGUUAUGAACUCAUUAGAAAUGGACGUGAAAAGAUCAUAUUACAUAUUCAUACUUUGAUAAAUAGCAGCUGGAUGGGUUUUUAGUUUUGGUUUUCCCCAGUAAAACAAGCACCAGCCUGGUUUUUGUUUUGUUUUUUGUUUGUUUUUGCACCAGCAAGUUUUUAAUUAGGUUUACAGUUCUGCUUUCUGACACUUUGUGCAUUUUUUUUCUCCAAAAAGAGGUGCAAAGUUAUAAAUCAAGUAAAUGUUAUAUGUAUUGAAAGCAUGUAAUUUUCUCCUUUAUUUUGCUGUCACAUACUUUGGUGGGGAUGGUGGUUGCUAUGCAAUCCCCCCCUCUCAUGGAACCCAAUGGUGCAGAUUGAAGAUAUUUAACUCAGGUUUUGCAAUGUUUUAUUUUUGCUAACCCGUCUAGGCUACUUUAUAGUCAAAGCAGACAAAUAAACCCCUCUGACUUGCUUCCAUUUAUACUCCAGUUCACUGGAUAAGCAGCUGAGAUGGAGUAUAAUUUCCAAUUAAAUGAAUCAGUCAUGCAUGAACAGUGCAACACAUGGAUCAAGACUGAGUAUGGGAAUCAGGAGGUUCAGAAACAUGGGGUGACUCCAAACCUGUGGCCUGAAAUUGGCAGCUAAAUCUUGGUUCCUGACCCCUGUACUGUAAUCUCAAAUCCUCUUUGAUAUUUCCCUAGUGCAUUCAGUAUCUGUAUAUUGACAUAUGUGUAUGUACAGUAUAUACCUUUGUAUAUGAUGUAGAAAAGAUGAAAAAUUACUUUUUUAAAAGAAUGCAAUUAAGUUGGAUCUUUUAUUUGAAUCAAUGUAAAGUUUGUUUUCUUUUUUCCAAAUAAUUUUCUUGGCUUUGUGUGACUGUGUAGAGGAGAGAUUAUGCUGACUGUAUACGUGAAUAAAGGAUUUUAGAGACGACA